AUGGCCGAUAUCAACAGCAUCGCGAAGCAGUUCACCGAGUUCUACUACUCCACGUUCGACACGAACCGCGCCGGGCUGCAGUCUCUUUACCGCGAUGCCUCGAUGCUCUCCUUUGAGGGCCAGCCCACCCAGGGCGCGGCUGCGAUCGCAGAGAAAUUGACCAGCCUGCCCUUUCAGAGAGUGCAGCAUAAGAUCACCACCCUCGAUGCCCAGCCAUCGUCGCCCACGAUUGCCAGUCUCAUCGUCAGCGUCACGGGUCUCCUACUGGUCGACGACGGCGAGAAUCCAUUACAGUUCAGUCAGGUCUUCCAGCUGAUACCGGAGGGAGGGAGCUACUACGUCUUGAACGACAUUUUCCGUCUCAAUUACGGUGCAUAA